AUGGCGAAGCACGCGGGCAAGGACGCGUUCCACCUCCGCGUGCGCGCGCACCCGUUCCACGUCCUCCGCAUCAACAAGAUGCUCUCCUGCGCGGGCGCCGACCGCCUGCAGACCGGCAUGCGCGGCGCCUUCGGCAAGCCCACGGGGACGUGCGCCCGCGUCCGCAUCGGCCAGGUGCUGCUCUCCGUGCGCUGCCGGGACGCGCACGCGCCGCAGGCGCACGAGGCGCUGCGCAGGGCCAAGUUCAAGUUCCCCGGCCGCCAGCGGAUCAUCACCAGCGGCAAGUGGGGGUUCACCAAGUUCUCUCGCGCGGAGUACCUGAGGCUCAAGAGCGAGGGACGCGUAGUCCCCGAUGGAUCCAAUGCCAAGCUGCUCACUUGGCACGGGUCUCUUGCUAAUCGCCAGCCCGGCAGAGCGGUGUAUCCACCCUCCGUCGCAGGAUCCGCUUAA